AUAGUAUAUAAACGGAUGACUAUUUGAGUGAAGAAAAAUAAAAAACUUGUAGCAUUGAAGCUUUCCUGGAGUCCUUGACAGUGAAGGCAGAAAUUGAAGAGCCUAAUAAUGGAGGAGAUAGGGUUUUUGGGCAUGGGAAUUAUGGGGAAAGCUAUGGCCACAAACUUGCUCCACCAUGGCUUUAAGGUCACUGUUUGGAAUCGCACUCUUUCUAGGUGUGAUGAGUUAGUCAAACACGGAGCUUCUUUGGGAGAAUCUCCAGCAGCAGUAGUAAAAAAAUGCAAGUAUACGAUUGGAAUUGUGUCCGACCCUUGUGCUGCACUCUCGGUUGUUUUUGACAAAAACGGUGUUCUUGAGCAAAUAUGUGACGGAAAGAGUUAUAUACAUAUGUCGACCGUUGAUGUGGAUACUUCUUCGAAAAUAAAUGAGGCAGUUAUAUCAAGAGGCGGUACUUUCCUUGAAGCUCCAGUCUCGGGCAGCAAAAAGCCCGCUGAAGACGGGCAAUUGGUUAUUCUAGCUGCUGGGGAGAAGGUAAACAUAAAACAUGAUUUAUAUAGUCAAUUGCUUCCAGCUUUUGAUGUCUUGGGAAAGAAAUCAUUUUUCUUGGGACAGGUUGGAAAUGGUGCAAAAAUGAAACUUGUUGUGAACAUGAUAAUGGCUAGCAUGAUGACAGCAUUUGCAGAAGGACUUGUGUUGGCUGACAAAAGUGGAUUGGAUCAGCAAACUCUCUUGGACGUGUUGAAUGUUGGGCCUGUUGCUAAUCCAUUGUUCAAGAUGAAAGGGCCUACCAUGAUAAAACACAAUUACUCCCCCAGGAGUCCUCUAAAACAUUCACAAAAAGACAUGAGGCUUGCUCUGGCCCUUGGGGACGAAGUUGGUGUUUCAAUGCCUCUGGCCGCAGCAACAGCUGAGGUAUUUUAUACAUACCAUUUAGUUCUAUAAAAAUUUGGGUCCAUAUGUAAAAUAUUUGUAUCAAAUAUGCAAGUUACGUUAUAUUUAAUAUGUCCACAUGAAGGAAUUAUAUUCAUGAGAACCCCUACUCAAUUUUCAAGUGUGAGUCGGGCAUUAAUUUUGUUUGAAAUAAGCAGAUGAUAUUUGAACUGGAAUUUUCACUAAAAUGCAUGUUCGUGACACAUAAUCAUGUUUUGUUGCGGGUGUAAUUAGAGGAAAAGUUAGACAAGAGAUCAUGAAAUUAUCGUUAGAUUCAAUGAUGUAGUUUUAAUUUAUAAAUAAUACUCAGGUAUAAAUUUUUCAAAUCACAUAUGCAUUAUACGAAGUAUUAGGGAGAUAUCACUUGAUAAGUUCUCACAUACAAAAUAACUUAUAGCAUCAGAAUUUAACUUUUAUGACACAUAAAUAAUUUCUUAUUGGUUAUCUUUAUUUACUAGUAAUUUUUAUAGUAAAAAUUGGGAAUUUUUAUAUUGUGGGAUCAGACUUCGUGCAUACAGUGCUCUUGUACAACAUAGACGAUGUUAAUGUAGCUAAAUUUUGUGUAACUUCUGUUAUCGAAAUAUUUGGUGUAACAUAUAUGAUAGAGUAAUAUUCUAGAGAGUAGGGAGAGGUGAGAGCUCGAGAGAGAAAGUAUUUGCAUUCAAUGUUUUUUAACCCCUACAACUACCCCCAAAGGGAGUGUCUAUAGAGGAAAUUUGGGUUGGGCUCCCAGCUUGGGAGGCCCGAUUACAAUGAUGGGUUAUUUAAAGCCUGUUUAUAUGAAGCUAUUCUACUAAGUACAAUGUGAAAGAUAUCUAUUGAAGAUCCUGGCCAAGGUGACCAGGUCGAGGCGACCAGGCCGAGGAGUCCAGGUCAUGAUGACUGUUCUUGAGCUAAAUUGUUUGAUCCAUGUCUUGAGUUCAUUAUUUAAGGGAAUCUUCAGCGUGGUGGGACCUCGUCUGGACGAGGGGACCCAACCAAGAGGUAGUCUAGUAGCUUGCAGUCCUGUGUGUGUAUAUAUGAGUAUGUGUGCCCUGGGUCCAGACCCAUAUACUCUAUCAGGAGUCUCCCACUUUCUGAGUCAAGAGGUGUUGAGGUAAAAGGGAGUAGAGCAUCUUGGGUUGCACUUUUUUAUUAUUGUUUGUGUUUG